AUGGAGGAAGAUGGAAUUCGACAGAUCGCUAGCGCGCUGGACGCUGUUUACAGCCCCUCCUCAAAUAAUAGAGCUCGCAGCGAAGCAAACACGUUUUUGGAGUCGGUCAAAUCAAAGCCAGAAGCUCCUUACUGGGGCUAUCAACUAGCUCGCCACCGCUUCGAGUCAAACGAAAUGGUUCGCCAUUUUGGCUUGCUUCUAAUCCAAAAUGCAAUCCAAUACAGUUUCAUGUCCUAUGACCAGACUCAAAAAUUGGCCAUUCGCAAUUGGAUUAUAGAACUCGCCACAAAUGUAGUUCCUCAAGACCCUCAUUAUAUUAAAGAAAAAAUUGCAAUCCUUUGGGUUGCUGUAGCUAAACGUGUUUGGGGUUUAAACACGGAAAAUAAUAAUAAUGGUGAUUCCACUAAUAAUAAUAAUAAUAAUAAUAAUAAUAAUAAUAAUAAUAAUAAUAAUAAUAACAACAACAACAACACUCAAGAUAUUAAUGAUACCUCUAUACAAAACAAUAAUAAUGGCUUUUUAAAACAACCAACAAUUACAAAUGAUACCCUUAACAGCGAUGACCAACUCGCAAACAAUAAUGACUUUAAUGAUACAAUUAAUGAAGAUGUCAAUGAAGUGGCUGACUUAAACGACUACAACAGAUCAGACGAGGGUUGGGUCGACAUGGACAAAAUCCUCUACAGAAUGUGGAAGGCCGGACCUGCAACUCGAGACCUCUCUCUUAGUAUAUACCGCACUCUCUUUGAAGACAUUUAUAUUCUUGACGAUCCAGUAGCUGAUAAGCGCGCAACCCCACUUGCAGCCCAGUGCAUAGAAGUUGUCACCUCUAAAUCCGUCCUUUACAUGAUGUAUGAACAAUCAUCAGACCCACUGGUAAAAUUCAAAUACGGCAGACAAGGUUGGCUUAUCCGUUGGUCUCGUCUCCUUAAAGAAUGUCUCGACUUGGGCUUUGGCGACCCUGAAGUUGCAAAACUCGCAGUCAGAAUCUUAAACACAAUCAAAACAUGCCUUUUCUGGGUUUUCCCCCUAGUCCUCCGCCAAGCUGAUGUCCUUCAGCGACUUUGCUUCGCCAUGUCUGCAAAUAACAUUGAAGUCCGUAUCCUUGCCGUAGAGUGCCUCCAUGCUCUCUUUUCAAGAAACUUUAAUGGUGACGAUGAUUUUCAAGCAAUCAUUGGCUCUGUCUUUUUACCUGAUAGUCUCAACUCUCUUGCUCAAGUAUACCAAUCAGUUCAAAAUAUCGACCUCACCCGCUUUAACGAGCGUGCUUACAUCCUCAAUAAGAGAAUGGUUGAAAUGAUUGUAGGCCUUGGAGAGUAUCUAAACUUACCAAGAAACCGUCUCCCCAAAGAAGCAAGCCUUAAACAAUACCUCUAUCUGGUUUUGGAAACAACAAACAACCCUUCCCUCGUCAUCUCCGGAAUGUCCCUACAGUUCUGGUGCUCCGUCCUUCGUGUCGACAAACUCAACACCCGCCCAGAAGUCCUCGAACUUUUACCUAAACUUCUCGAAAUUGCGGCAGAUCGUUGCAUCAAGUUUGAAGAUGUUGGUGAAGACCACAUUGCUCGCCAAUACCUCGACUAUGACUUUGACUCGGCUUCCGAUAGUCAAGUCUUUUUAACAAACUACCGCAAGUUUAUGGAAGAUAUUGUUCGUCUCAUUGUCUGCAUUCUUCCUGUACCUUCCCUCACCUGGCUGGAAAACAGAAUGAGUGCCUUUUUCUCCUCCGACAUUGGCCGCCGUAGUUUGGACGUUUACAAGCUUGAUUACACUGACAAUCCCUCUUACUUUUUGGCUUAUUCUCAAUUUGUCCUUGUCGAAUGUGCUCUCCGCGGAGUCACCAGAUGGAAAAUAUGGUACAAUGGCCCCGACAAGGAAUCCAUCCAAAAGGAACUUUCUCUCAUUAUUGAGCGAUGGUGUAACCAACUCAUUUUCAUGAAAAUCAACGACCCCAUGCUCCUCCGCAAACACGUUCAAACCCUUGUCCAGUUUGCCCCCUCUCUCCUCGACCACUCUGAACUCAUGUUUAGAGUUCUUGAAAAAGUCCUCCUGGCUUGCACUUUUGAGUACCCAUCUGACACUAUCACCGAUGAGGACCGUGAAACUAUUCGUGACCUCCGUACCAGUUGCGGUACUGAACUUAAUCGUCUGGCCUACAUGAUGCCUGACGUUCUUAACCAAAUCUAUGAUGACCUUGAGCGUGUCAUUGCACAAACAAUAUCCUCCAACAAGCUUAGCGAUCACGAGUCGGUCGCCUUUCUUUCAUUCUUGCUUGUUGUAUCCCAGCGCUCAAACAUUAGCAACAAACCAGAACGCUUCGCCAAAAUCGUCGACCCUGUCUUGUCCUCUUGGAGUGAUGAAGGCACCAUCAAGGGACUCAGCGAUUUGCACUGGUUCAUGGAACGCGUUGGUAUUGUCAAAAUUGCAGAGUACUUUAGAUCCCGCGGAGUUACCUCCACAACUGAUCUUCUUGCAACAAACAUGGACGAUCAGGGCAAAGCCUUAAAGGCAGAACUUAAAGCUAAAUGGUCAGCCUUGUUUCCUAUCCGCGCAACAAGAAUCUUCAUUCAAUACACUAUUGAAAAACUCAACCACACUUCCGAACCCUAUCUUGACUUGCUCGAACUUUGGAAACCACGCAUCCAGCCCAUUCUUCCACACAUUUUGCAGCUCAUUGCUCAAAUCCAAGCAUACCACAAUCCUGAAAACUGGCACACCCUCCCCAUUGAGGUCCAGUCGUUUGUCAAGUACAGCUGCAUGGAACGCUUCUGGCAAGUUGGUGUCUCGACCCAAACAAAGGACGAAUUUGUUGACGAAAACGUCAAGGCCAUGCACACUCUCCGUGACUUUGCUGACUCGGUCGGCCAUAUUAUCCGCUACACUCGCGAGUAUGCCUUUUUGACUCUAGGAUCCAUCAGCCAACUCGAAGAAACAAUCUACGAGAUUCCUGGCAUGGCCCGCAGACUUUACGAGGCUCUUGCCGGUGACUCUGCAGGCAUCACAUCCCAUUCAUGGCGCCACAUGACGUCUCUUGUUUUGCGAAAUAUUGUCAAAAACUGCCCCGUUUACUUGAUGGACCCCUUUCUGCGCGAAUUCCUGCCGCCCAUGCUUACCAAGCUUGAUAUGGUUCUUUCGGAAAAAUGGGAACAUGUUCUCCGAGAAGGCAUUAUGAUUCAUGGCGACGAUGAUAACCCACAAGACUUUUCUGAAGAAAUGAUGGAAGAGCAUCUUCUUAGACAACUUACAGCUGUCGUAGACCGCUUCUUAAUUGAUAUGGUUGGCCAAUUAGGUGCCAAGCCUUCUUCUGAGUCUUCUACAAACUCAACACAACAAGCGUUAAAACAAGUUGUACUCAAGAACAAGGAAAUUCUUGCACCAUUUUUAUCAUUGUGCACACACAUCAUGUCUUUUAAAGACAAUAGAUGCAGUUUUAAUAGCUGUCUGAUUAUGCGCAAUAUUCUGCCCGAUAUUUUAGGGUUUGAUGUUGAGGUGGAUAACUACGUGUGUGACAACCUCAUUAAGACAUGUUUUGACAUUCUCAAUGACAAGUACUUUACCGAUGUCCAUCAUGAGGCUGGCUAUGUACUUACUGUGGUAUACACACUUCUGCGGCCCAAGUACCAGCGACCGUUUGAUGUUUUGUGUGGACUAGUACCUAACGUGCCAGCCCGCGACAUUGAAGAUUUCGAAAAACGAAUUGCGGAGGGGCGAACUUUGCGUCAGCAGCGUGGUGAAUUUCUUGAAUUUUUGUCGUUUGCUCGACGUGGAGUUGGUGCUACAGCUCAAGGUCAAAAUGGGGCUCAUUCUGUGAUUGAAUCAUCGUACGAUGCAAGUCAACGACUGGCACAACAAAAGAAACAAGAACGCAAGAAUGAAAAGGAAAAGAAACUGCUUACACGGAAAAAACCAACAGACGUUAUGGAAACAGAAGAGCUGGAACAGAGUAUGGUUAAUUUGUUUGGCGAUGCUUCUUAUUGA